AUGGGCAGACACACUUCCACGUCACCACCGUGGGAGGCGGCGCGUGGGGCAGUUUCCGGCCACCUCUCUCGGUUCAGUGUGGUGAUCGAGGAAAUGGGUCAGAGACUGAGUUGCGUACAGCAGCAUGAUGACCAUGGCUUGUUCCCUGCACUUGCUGGUGGGGAAUUGGAGGUUGUUGAGACCAUGGUGGAGGAAGACCCCGCUGUAUUGGAACACACCACUGGCCAUGACAGACUCUCCCCACUGCAUGUAGCUGCUGCCAAUGGUCGGAUCGAGGUUUUGUCCAUGUUGUUGGACAGGUCUUCCAAUGUUGAUAUAUCAAAUCGCCAAAAACAGACCCCAUUGAUGUUGGCUGCGAUGCAUGGAAAGACUGGUUGUGUUGAGAAGCUUAUCCAUGGCGGAGCAAAUAUAUUGAUGUUUGAUUCUAUACGGCGGAGAACUUGCUUGCACUAUGCUGCUUAUUAUGGACAUAUAGAUUGCCUUAAGGCUAUUCUGUCUGCUGCUCAUUCCACACCUGUUGCAGAUUCUUGGGGAUUUGCAAGAUUUGUCAACAUAAGAGAUGGAAAUGGUGCCACCCCUCUGCAUCUUGCAGCUCGCCAUAGACGGUCUGAAUGUCUUCAUGCCCUUCUUGACAAUGGCGCUCUUGUUUGUGCUUCAACUGGUGGAUAUGGUUACCCUGGAAGCACACCACUGCAUAUGGCUGCCCGUGGUGGUUCUUUGGACUGUGUUCGGAUGUUGCUUUCUUAUGGAGCGGAUAGACUUCAAUUAGAUUCUUCUGGGAAAAUACCAUUCUCAGUUGCCCUAAAACACAAGCAUAAGGCAUGUGCUGCUCUGUUGGAUCCAUCAGCAGCAGCACCACUUGUGUGGCCAUCCCCAUUAAAGUUCAUCAGUGAGCUCAGUCAAGAAGCAAAGGUCUUACUGGAAAAGGCCUUGCUAGAAGCUAACAGGGAGAGGGAAAAGUCCAUACUGAAGGAGGUUGACAUGCCUCCAUCUCCACUGCAUUCUGCGAAUGAAGACAAUAAUAUUGCCUCUGAGGACAAUGAUAUGGAGUUAUGUUGCAUAUGCUUUGACCAAGUGUGCACAAUCGAGGUCAGACCCUGUGGCCAUCAAAUGUGUGCUCAUUGCACCCUAGCACUAUGCUGUCACAAGAAGCCUGAUCCUGUUACUGCUUCCUUUUCUGGACCUACUUGUCCAUUUUGCCGCGGUGCCAUAAUUCAAUUACUAGUUGCUAAGAUUAACAAGAACAGUGAUACAGAAGUGGAAUCUAGCCCUAUGAAGCCAAGGAGAUCCCGAAAAUCAAAUUUCAGCGAAGGAAGCAGCAGCUUCAAGAGCUUGUCAGCAUCAUUUGGAAGGAUUGCUGGCCGCAAUUCUGGAAAAAUUACAGAUGAAAAGCAGUGGGAGGUUUCUUGA